UCUCCCACAAAAGGGAGGCAGAAGGACGGCAGGCAUAGGGACGGGAGCUCUGUGCUCUUCGUGCUCUCCGUGGCGGACAGACACGAGAACGCAUGUCUGCUUUCAGAGAGAAUCAGCUGAACUGUUUGCCCCCCUUUUUUAAAAACUCGCUGCAAUGAGAUGUGUGCGCUCUGAGAAGGUUUCCUGGAAGAAAGUCUUUCAUCAUGGCUGAACACAUAACAUUCCAAAUCCAUCAUUAACUGCCACUUUGAACAUGGAUAUUUGUUCGAUUUCUAUUAAACUCUAUUAUUAUUCUGGACUAAAUAUGACAAAGCAUGGCAGUGUUUCUCUCUCUGAAUAUGACAUUCUGCCAAGGAACCCUGGCAGAGGCUACGUGAUCGGUGGAGCGCUGGCACGAGUCGUCACAUCUACAAAUGAACUGGAAGAUCAGUUUAUGCUGCAGGAAACGCUUUUAUCCUCCGCAAUAGGAGGAGCAGAAAAUGGGUUGAGGAACAGAUGUGGCAUGAGUGUUAUCACUCUUCAAGACAUUUAAAAAGGUAAUGCACCCAACAGAUUACAAUGGUUCCUGCUGAGAACUCGAGUGUUUUCUCUGCAGCAGAUCGCUGUCCCAACUGCAGCUCCUCCGCCCACACCGAAGUGGAUUUAGCCAAGGUGGUGGUUUUGGGGAUGGUGCUGGUGGUGUUUGUCGUGUUUGGGGUCCUUGGCAACAUCCUGGUCAUCCUGUCAGUUUUAUUCCACCACAACUGGCGCUCUGUGACACAUUACUUCAUCGCCAACUUGGCAGCAGCAGACCUGCUGCUCAGCUCUGCCGUGCUGCCCUUCUCCGCCACCUCGGAGGCUCUGGGAAGAUGGGUGUUUGGUCGAUCCUUCUGCAGCGUCUGGGCCGCUCUGGAUGUCCUAUGCUGUACCGCCUCCAUCCUCAGCCUGUGUGUGAUCUCAAUCGACCGCUACCUAGCUGUCAGCUACCCUCUGCGUUACCCUGCCAUAGCUACUGGACGGAGAGGCCUUACCGCGGUGGCUGCUCUCUGGGUACUCUCAGCAGCUAUAUCUGUUGGUCCUCUGUUUGGCUGGAAGGAGCCCGACCCCGAAGACGAGACAGUGUGCCGGAUCACAGAGGAGCCCGGCUAUGCUUUGUUCUCGGCGCUAGGAUCUUUCUACAUACCUCUGGCCAUCAUCUUGGCCAUGUACUGCCGUGUGUAUACUGUGGCAAAGAGAGAGACCAAAACCCUCAGGAGGAGCAGUAAGGGAGAAGGAGUUGAGACAGAGGGGGUGAUGCUGAGGAUUCACCGAGGGAAUGCUGCUCAGACGGAGAAGCACGAGGAGGACAAGGGGACCGCAACACAUAAACGCACCACCUUUUCCCUGCCGAAGUUGCUGAAGUUCUCAAGAGAAGAGAAAGCAGCCAAGACCCUUGGCAUCGUUGUCGGGUGCUUCAUUCUGUGCUGGCUCCCUUUUUUCCUGGUUUUACCCAUCGGAUCCAUCUUCCCAUCCUGUAAGCCUUCUGAAACCGUCUUUAAGAUUACCUUCUGGCUGGGUUACCUCAAUAGCUGCAUUAACCCCAUUAUCUACCCAUGCUUCAGUCGGGAGUUCAAGAAAGCCUUCCACAACGUGAUCCGUGGUCGCUGCCUGAGAACUGGGGUACCGGCUGCCAAACCACAAGGACACAUCACGCCUCACUCCUCCAGUCCAGGCCCCACGUCCAAUACCUCUGAUAUCUCGGCCCCAAACAUCACUGUUUCCUCAUGUGGUUGCUGUAGGGUGCUGUCGACCCCCUCAUCUGUCGGUGGUCCGGAUCAGGCUCAAAGCGCACAAAUCCAGAGUAAGAGUCUGCUGAAGGCGUGGUGUCUCUCGGCAAGCCGAACGCCGGUGUCCCAGAAUCCCUCCAGUCACAGAUCAACCAAGGUCUUACGCAUUUCUCUCAGCGCGACAGGAGAGGCUGUUUGAUUGGCAUGCUGAUGCAAUGGUGGAAUUCUUACCAUCCAUUCUUGUACUUGGGUUUUGCCCCGCGGAAACACUUAUGUACAACUUCUGCAUGUAUAUUUAAAUUCCUCAGAGGCAUAGAGUGCAGGGCCAGUCGAUAGUGAGUCUUGCCUCCAGCGCAGGCAGAAGAUAACGCUGUUGCCUUAAGGCUUUAUGCCAGUGUAAAUGCCUGGAGUGUCAAAGAAAAUAUGAUUUGGGAAACUGAAUGAGUAACAUUUUUGUCUUCACUCAACAGCCAGCACUGAGCUGCUCUUAAACAGAGCUCUACUUGUCUAGUUCAAUAGGAGCUCCCUAGUGAUCAACAAGAAGAACACUGGAGUAUGAAUGCACAGCAUGAGACUUUUGGAAAAAUACAAUCCUCUUUGGUUAAAAAAAGAUUAAAUAAAAGUAUGGACAAAAGGUUAGGAGGGAUAACUAUCUGCACUUGAAGAGGAAUAAAAGACAUAAUAGAAUCUUAUUGAAAUACCAUUGUAAAAGCACUCCAGAGACAUUAUUUCUUUAAACAUUAGUGGUAUUUCUUCAGAUUGCACAAGAGCCCUUAAGGGUGAGAUGCUCUAAAUCCAGUGAAAGCUCUGAGAAAGUGGGAGCACGUCUAGGAGUGCGUGUAUUACAUGCGUGUUCUCCCCGCUUUAAAGGGACAAAACACUUGCAGGCUUUGGUUUUGAAAUACCUGUCACAGAGAGACAAAAAUUAGAAAUUGUUGGAGGGAAGAGAAAUAUCAUUUGAUAUUUAGUUUUUGGGUAAAUAAAAGAAAACUUUACAAUACAGUGCUGUCACAAACAAAAGACCUUCAUUCUACCCCUCUGAAGCUUUCAAUGUUUUUAUUGAGGUUGCAUCAAAGAUGUGUUGAAUCAACUUUUUAUGUUUGACAUCAUAGCUUGUGGUGUUGUUUAAUAAAUGAAGAGGCGUCGGAUGCUUUUCUCUUUAUUUCUGAGUACUGGUUUCCUUUCAGUGCAGUUCUACAGAGUUGGGUUUUCCACGUGCAAACAUCUUCAAUUCUUUGUUUUUCUGUAACUGUAGCCGACAGACACACAGCCCUGAUGUAUUAUCACCUGAUGAAGCUGUUAUGUCUAGCGUGUAAUCAAAUAUGCAUUUAGCAGACACAGAGCCACAGUAUGUUCCCAUUUGAGUCAUGUUUGAGUCCAUUUGACGAGUGUAAGUCCAACAUUCACU